AGCUCGGUAGAUUCCUAUAAAAGCUGGGACUGACAGUGACAAUAUCACAACGCCUUCCAACCAUCCUAAGAAUCUUCUCACCAAGUCCGAAGACUUCCAAAACCCACCAAUCAAAAUGAUGACCAAAAUGCUUGUGUUUUGCCUGUUUGGCAUGCUGUGCAUCCAGCUGUCCACCCAACAGACCGGUGAGUAGAAAGUGUUUGUAUGUUUGUAAAAAAGUUUGUGAUGUUUAAAUGUUUCCUUUUGUAUCUGCAACAUCAUAUCUGAUUAGCUUAAUUUAUUAUAGCUAGUGAGUUCCUUUUCUAUUAGGGACCUUCAUAUCUGAGAUACUUCUUUUUAUCAUUUGCAAGCGAAGUCUAGCAAGCGAAAGGAUUUUUUUUACUUCUUUUGGAGACAUUAUCUGAUGGACCUUUUUUUAUCGUGGCUCCUAAGUCCAGUCAAUGACGUUCCUAGAUCUUCUGUGUAUUUAUUAUUUCAUUCUCCACUAAUGCAUUUUCUAACUAUAAGAUUGCGUAUUAAUAUAUAUUCAACGUUCACGUAUCAUUUCCCUUUAUUGAAUAACCAGAUUAAUGAAUUUAAAAUAACUUACGUGCCCCAAUGGUUCAUUUAAUUACUCAUUAAAACUCAGAUCAACGUUACAGCAGUUGUUUCUAGGUUAGAACGAUAUGUAAAUAAACACCAUUGUAUUCAAGAUGUUUCAUAAACAUCAGCAACUUAAUAACGUCAAGUGAUACACUCAGUCGACCGUGGCGAGUUCACGUCAAUCAAUGCAGCAAUCAUUUGACGGUAUCGUGUUCAGAUUGUUUCAUCUAUUCAAUCUGCAGAAGCGUUUUGAUAUUACUUUAUCCCUUGAGUCUACUCUAUAGUGUAAACAAGAUUUUAAAUUAUAAAAGCUAUUCUGUCCAUUACAUCUCAAACUAAUUUAAACAUUUAUUCAUCAGAAUCUUAUAUCAUAUAACUAAUCCAUUCUUAUCAUUUCAGCUAAGUCCACUUAAAUGUAUGUAUUUACCAGAAUCUGAGUUGCUAAAAUAAAUCCAUUCUUUCAUUUCAUCUACAGCAACUUGUGACCUGGAAAAAGACGCAGGACCUUGCAGGGGAAUAUUCAAGCGCUUUUAUUUCAACAAAGUCACCGGUGCAUGUGAGGAAUUCGAGUACGGAGGUUGUCAAGGAAACGCUAACAAUUUUGAAACUUCCGAGGACUGUCUGGCCGCCUGCCAAGCUGCCCGGAAAAAAUAGACAAAUGCUUUUGUGAGAAAGAUAUUCACAUUUUAAGCAUGAAAAUCUAAAACCUUUUUCUGUAUUCGAUCUAUUUUAGGCCUUAAAAAUUCCUGGCUUUGUAUUGACACUAUGAAAGACACAAGAGAAAUUUCAAACAAUAAAGUCAUAC